UCGGCGAUGUUACAGGAGCUGCUAAACUACUUUGUCCUGACGAUUUGAAUGACGUUGCGGUCGAUAUCCUGACCCGCUUGGGCAGGCCAGUGGGGCCUCCCGGUCACCCGCGGCCCUCGGGAGCCCCCGUGGUAGGCGGUGAUGUUACCGAGGGGUAUAAAUCGCCUUUCAUACCAUCCGAGCGUGCUUGCGGUCUCCGCUGGCGCCCCGCGUUCGGCCUCACCCGGGCUGCCAGGGUGGGAAGGCUGCUGCAGCUGCUCGCCCGCGCCUUGGCACCUCGUCCAGCCCUACCCAAAGCCUGUCCACAUGGAAGAAGAAAACACCCUACUUUCUGUCUCUGCUUUGCCUAGUCGUCUGGUUUGUGCUAUUAGUGGAAGAACUGCGAUGAAGCAUCUCAGACAAAAAGUUACAGGAAUGUGCUUGAAGUGAUUGAUUUCCACCAUGUUCUCACAGUGCUCGCAGGAUCUAUUAACAAUGGCAAAUCUUCAUCUCCGGAGUCUCAAUUUAAAUCUGCAUUUACGAAACCACAGAAGAGCUUUCAGCAAGUCACUGCCUGCAUGUCGAAGGAAAGUAGUUGUUACAGGUAUUGGCUUAGUGUCCCCUCUUGGUGUGGGGACUCAGUUUGUGUGGAAGCGCCUUCUCCAAGGAGACAGUGGGAUUGCAUCGCUAGAUGGGGAAGAAUAUGCAGGCGUCCCAUGUAAAGUGGCUGCUUGUGUGCCAAGGGGAAACAAGGAAGGUCAGUUCAGUGAAGAAAGCUUUGUGUCAAAGUCAGAGAUCAAAUCCAUGAGUUCUGCCACUGUGAUGGCCAUCGGUGCAGCAGAGCUAGCAAUGAAGGACUCUGGCUGGUCUCCCCAGUCUGAACAGGAUCGCUUAAGUGCCGGUGUGGCAAUUGGGAUGGGAAUGGUUCCACUGGAAGAGAUUUCUGAUACAGCUGCUUUAUUUAAAACAAAGGGUUAUAACAAGGUCAGCCCAUUCUUUGUCCCAAAGAUUUUAGUCAAUAUGGCAGCAGGCCAGAUCAGCAUUAAAUACCAACUGAAAGGGCCGAAUCAUGCUGUGUCAACUGCUUGUACCACAGGCACGCAUGCUGUUGGAGACGCCUUUAGAUUUAUCGCCGCUGGUGAUGCUGAUGUCAUGUUGGCUGGAGGGACUGAGGCUUGCAUUAGUCCUUUGUCCUUGGCUGGAUUUGCAAGAGCUCGGGCCCUCAGCACGAGUUUUAACUCAAGCCCUAAAAUGGCAUGUCGACCAUUUGAUUCGCAGAGAGAAGGGUUUGUAAUGGGAGAGGGUGCUGCUGUGGUGAUCUUGGAAGAGUAUGAACACGCUGUACAAAGAGGUGCUAGGAUCUAUGCAGAAGUUUUAGGUUAUGGACUGUCUGGUGAUGCUUGCCACAUAACAGCACCUAAUCCAGAGGGAGAUGGUGCAUUCAGGUGUAUGUCUGCAGCGAUAAAAGAUUCUGGGAUCAAACCUGAAGACAUAACGUAUGUCAAUGCACACGCAACUUCUACCCCUCUAGGAGAUGCUGCUGAGAAUCAAGCAAUCAAGAGACUUUUUAAAGAUCACUCAUGUAAUAUUGCAGUUUCCUCAACAAAAGGAGCAACAGGACAUCUCUUAGGGGCUGCAGGAGCUAUUGAAGCAGCUUUCACAGCACUGUCCUGUUACCAUGGGAUUUUGCCACCUACUCUAAACUUAGAGAAAACAGAGGCAGAGUUUGAUCUCAACUACGUUCCGUUAACAGCUCAGGAGUGGAAAACUGAAAAACGGCGUAUAGCACUCACAAAUUCAUUUGGCUUUGGUGGUACUAAUGCAACUUUGUGCUUUGCAAGUGUUUAACUUACACUGUGCAUGUUAUGAAAAAAAGGCACUGACAAUGAUUUUCUGUACUGCCACCCUUGGUGUGUACUGUGAUCUUUUCUCAGCUUUGAGAAUUGCUCUCUUGAUCUGCAAGAAUUUUAUUCACCCUAACAUUUACAUCAGUAAUUCUUUUAGAAAGAGGGAACAUCUUUUACUCAUUUU